UACCAACAUGACUGUAGACGAUGACACGCCUGACCAAACAUCACUUGGCUCUUUAAACGUUGAACUCCGGGAAUAUUUGGAUAGAGCGAACAAUUUUGAACUGUACCCGGGCGCGGAGACGAUGGAAUAUGAUUUUAUAGCUGAGAGGCAAAAUGUUCACGGGACUAAUUUAAUAGAAUCUACAGCGCAUUUAAUAAAAGGAUGCCUUGGUGCGGGCAUCCUAGGCAUUCACGAAGGCUACAGUUAUGGAGGUCUCUGGACUUCGCUCGGAGCUAACAUAUUGAUCGGCUUCUUUGUUCCAUAUAACAUGUUAUUAUUAAUUGACGCUGCACAAAGAAUGUAUAUACGAUUAAGAGUGCCAAGACUAUCAUAUCCUGAUCUCGUUGAAGCCGUUAUUGCGACGGGUCCAAUGCGAUGUUUGAGACCUUAUAGAAAAGUUUUUAGAUAUUCCGUGGAUUUGUUUCUUUUCUUCGGAUUUUGUAGUACAUGUUGUAUUUUCGAAAUCAUGAUUGCUCGAACUUUAAAAGAGGUGUUAGAAACAGCCUCCGGUUCCUUCAAGAACUAUAAUUUUCCUAUAGCUAUUUAUAUUUUAAUUGUCUUCGUACCGCUAUUCUCUUUGUGCAUGAUAAGAAGCUUAAAACAUCUGGCGCCAUUUUCUCUCGUUGCUGAUGUAUUUUGUGGAGUUUGCGUCUUAAUCGCUGUAUACUACAGUAUUCUAUAUAAAACGUACGAAUAUCGCCCAGCUUGGAAGAGUAUUCGUGGAUUGUUUCGUUUCUGUGGCGUUUGUAUCUACAGCCUGGAUGGUAUCGGCGUUGCCUUACCCAUUGAAAACUACAUGACGAAGCCUCAGUACUUCCACCUUGUGGUGCAAUGGGGUAUGUCGAUUGUACUUGUGUCCGUGGCUAGUGUUGGUUUUUUCGGCUAUUGGGCGUGGGGAGAUGCUUGUCGAAGCCCCAUCACAAUCCACAUGCCCAAGGAUCGUGCAUCCCUAGCGCUCCAGUUUUUGAUUGCCAUUUCCCUGGGCGUUACAUUCUCUGUACAUUUGUGGGUGCCGUUUAGAACAAUAUGGCAUUACAUUGGCAGGAGAUAUAAAAGGCACAGAGGACUUUGGGAGAGAUUGUACAAGGGAAUCUACGUUUUAAUCAUCACAGGCUUUUCUAUUUUGUUUUCUGAUUUAACAGAAUGGAUGAGCUUUGUCGGUAAUUUCUUCCUAGGAACUGUGGUGUUUAUAUUCCCUGCCUUUAUAGAUAGUUUGGUAAUAUGGGGGGAGGCACACUCGGCAUACAUGAGAAUAAAAAUAUUGCAAAAUAUAAUGAUUAUGUUGAUCGGGCUUACGUUAUGUUGUGGAGCGAUAUAUUCUUAUAUAGAAUAA